AUUUCAGUUUUAAAAUAUUCCACGUGGAAAAACGUGGUUGGCUACACUUCCAACAAAUUUCAUAAUCUCCCAUUUCUUAGGGUUUUCGUGGUUCCGUUUGUUAUCCUAUCUCCUCUUUCCGGUCGGAAAGUGUUCCGGCGAGUUCUCCCAACAGGAUUCACGACCCACGGUUAUUCCAUUUUUCACGUCAAAAUUCAGAAACUCCAAAGAACUCCCCUGCGCUUUUUCUGAAGCUAAGAGUCUUCAGUGCUUUUUUUUCGAUCACUUCAGUUUCCCUCUUAAGCUCAGCUCAGUUUGUUUAUAAUUAAUAAAUUCCAGCUGAAAUUUUAAUAUAUUUAUCUGUUUGAUUGGAAUCCCCUGAUUCGACGCAAAUCAAAUAAGUUUCUAAUUUUUCUUGGAUUAGAGAUGGCAAGUCAACGUGGUUCGUCGAGGCGAAGUUUAUCAAUGGUAAGUAUGUCACCAGCAAGAAAAAGAAUAUCGGAGAGUGGAGGUUCAGAAUCUAUACGAAAACUCUUACCGUCUUCUCGUUCUAUGGCACUUUCUGGAGAGCGUACCGUGAAGAAGCUGCGGCUAUCAAAGGCUUUGACGGUACCUGAUAGUACAAGCAUUUAUGAGGCUUGCCGUAGGAUGGCUGCUCGUAGGGUUGAUGCUUUAUUACUCACUGACUCUAAUGCAUUACUCUGUGGAAUCCUCACUGACAAGGACAUAACACUAAGAGUGAUUGCCCGGGAACUUAGUCUGGAGGAGACACCUGUUUCCAAGGUGAUGACUAGGAAUCCUGUAUUUGUUCUUUCUGACUCUCUUGCUGUGGAGGCACUCCAGAAGAUGGUGCAAGGAAAAUUUAGACACUUGCCUGUUGUAGAGAAUGGGGAAGUCAUUGCUUUACUCGAUAUAGCUAAGUGUUUGUAUGAUGCUAUUGCUCGAAUGGAAAGGGCAGCUGAGAAGGGAAAAGCCAUUGUUGCAGCUGUUGAGGGUGUAGAAAAGAAUUGGGGAACAUCUUUAUCUGGUCAGAGUACAUUCAUUGAGACACUUCGGGAGCGUAUGUUCAGGCCGUUACUGUCUACGAUUAUUACAGACAAUCCAAAGCUUGUAACGGUUUCACCUGAUGACACAGUUUUAGCUACUGCAAAAAAGAUGCUUGAAUCUCAAUUUAACUCUGCAGUUGUGACAGUUGACAAAAAACCACGAGGGAUUAUAACUUCAAAGGAUAUAUUGAUGCGGGUAAUAGUGCAAAAUCUGUCUCCAGAGACUACUACUGUAGAAACGGUCAUGACUCCGAACCCAGAAUGUGCAACAGUUGACACACCAAUUGUUGAUGCUUUGCAUACCAUGCAUGAUGGGAAAUUUUUACACCUUCCUGUAGUAGAUAGAGAUGGAGAGAUUGUUGCUGUUGAUGUACUCCACAUUACUCAUGCCGCUGUUGCCACUAUAAGUCAAGUUGGGACUGCUUCUGGAAUCAAUAAUGAGACUUCCACGACGAUGAUGCAAAGGUUUUGGGAUUCUGCAUUGGCCUUACCACCCAAUGAAGUUGAUGACGAUGCUCGAAGUGAUAAUUCUUUGAAGCUGGCUUCUGAAGUAGCUGAGACAGGGAGAGUUCUUCCCUAUCCUUCACCCAAUUUGCCAAACACAUUCGGUUUCAAAAUACAAGACAAAAGGGGAAGAAUGCAUAGAUUCUUUUGAGAUACGCGAAGUAUGACAGAUCUAAUACUGCAAUC